AUGAAUAUUCGUUUCUUGACCCUGAUUUGCCUACUAGUUAUCUCGAAAGCAUAUACUGAUGAGAUUCCGUCAUCGGAUGAAAAAGAUUAUGAUUUCUUCAGAAAUACCGCUUAUUCUGCGGUAGAUCACGUAUUAAGUAAUGAGGCCAAAAAAGAAAAUGACGAAGAUAACGUUGAUAAUAAGAAUACCGAAUCGGAUAUGGCUACUAUGGAAGAUGCUUGUUUUGACGAAGUGGAAAUAAAGGAUGGUGAAGAAAUUAUCACUGAAAAUGGCUCAAAUGCUUUAGAAAAGUUUGAUAAUGAAAUCGCUAACGAUAAUACGGAAAGGGAUGGAGACGAUAGCAUUAAUGAUGAAGAUAAGCAGAAUUCAGCUUCUCGGCAUCGUCGUCCACGGCGGCGACAUAGUCAAAAUUCAGGUAAUGCUUUACGAAGGCAAGCUAACCAGGUGAGAAGACAAAAUAUUCAUUCACGUCGAAGGAUUCACUCUCAAUGGGCUCCCAAUCGUCGAUGCAAAGUCACAACUGCGUGUCUUAUUCGAAAAGUAACAAGGCUUAAGGGACAACUUACUACCGUAAACAAUCAAUAUAGCAGUCUACUAGUAUGUUGUAAAAUGCAGCUCACUGUAUUAAAGCAAAAAAUAAAACAUCUACAAUCAAAAAUCACCCGUAAAGAUGCGAUUAUUGCCGCGAAAGAAGCUAAAAUCAUUUUAUUGAAAAGUCAAGCUGCAAAGGUGAACAGAUUGCGACGAAAAGUUCGAAGACUAAAAGUGAAAAAUCAGACCUUAAAAGCCUCGAUGGCAACUGUUAAUGCCCAACAUCAAUAUGUUCGAAAUGAAAGUAUCCGCUUAAAUUCGACUUUACAAGCUAAAAAUAGUCAGAUUGAACGAUUGAAAUUAGAUAAAAUAGAGUUGAGUAAAAAUAUUUCUAUAUUGACGAAUCAAACUCGAGAUUUGAAUCAAAAAUUGGACCAUCAAAAUGAAGAAUACAAAAAUCUGACCGCAAGAUACGAUAAAGCUAAUAUUUGUUGCCAGGCUUGUAAUGGAAAACCAAUUUCUGAUAAUCCGUUUAAUAUAACGGCGACUACUAAUAGAACCGAAAAUGAAGAUGAAGAGGCUUUUCAAAGUGUGUUGGAUAAUAAGCUGAAUGAAGAGAAUAUAUCGAAAAAUGGGAUUGAUAGGAAAUCUUUAGAAAUUGUAUCGGAAAAGAAAGAUUCGAAUGAGAAUCGUUCUGAAAGGCAAUUUGAAUCGAAAAAGAAAAGUUUGCGCGAUGAUCUCUCCGAAGAAGAAUUUAAUAGGGAUUUUUUUGAAAAAUGA